AUGAAGUAAUGAACUUGUAAAAAUCGUAAAUCAGUUUAAAAUUCGCAAAAUCUUUGUGUCUGUGAAAAGAAGGAGCUACUCGAAUAAUUACAGAUACCCAUCGAAUAUAAGGUCCAUACUUUAUUCCUCGCCGUAUUAAAUUGUAAUGGUUUUUGCAGUCACAAUCUAAACAAAUGGGUAGUGAAUUACAUCUUGAAAAUACAGAAUCCAGUAUUAUAGGCAGAGCAUGGGUUGGGAAUGUUAUUUCCGGUAUAUGGAAUUGGAUUGGGGGAUGGUUCAGCUGGACUCGACAAUCGGAUACAAUGCUAAGAAAUAUAGAGAAAACAAUAUUAUCAUGUGUAAAAACAGCGUACAAACGUUUCUACGUGGACAUAGGCUCGGUAGUGGGGCAGUGUGACAAAAUAUGGACAAUCUCUCUCAACGACGAGUCUCCCCAGACCCCCCUUGUGAUGUUACACGGUAUGGGCGCGGGGGUCGCACUCUGGUGUCCUAAUUUAGACGCCCUAGCUGCUACCAGACCGGUGUACGCUAUUGAUUUGUUGGGUUUUGGCAGAAGUUCCCGCCCAAAAUUCGCUUCAGACGCAGAAAAGGUGGAAGCCCAAUGGGUAGAGUCAGUAGAAGAAUGGAGACGAGAGGUUAAACUAAAGGAAUUCAUCUUACUGGGCCAUAGUCUGGGAGGGUAUAUUGCUACAGCAUACGCUUUGAAGUACCCGGAUAGAGUCCGCCACCUAAUCCUAGCCGAUCCGUGGGGCUUUCCCGAAAAACCGACCAACGGCAACGAAAAGGUUCAAAUCCCGUUCUGGGUUAAGGCCCUAGCCACAGCGCUACAACCCCUAAACCCUCUUUGGGCGGUAAGAGCAGCUGGUCCUGCUGGCAAGUGGCUCGUGUCCAAGACCCGCCCGGAUAUAUCCAGGAAAUACACGAACUAUGUCCCGGAUGCGGUCACGGUUAUCCCGGAGUAUAUAUAUCAGUGCAACUCGCAAGCGCCCACAGGAGAAAGCGCGUUCCACACACUCAUGCAAGGUUUCGGUUGGGCCAAGAACCCGAUGGUGCAUAGAGUGGAGAAACUCGACACGAACCUGCCCGUCACAGUAUUGUAUGGUUCGAGAUCGUGGGUGGACAAUAGUACCGGACAACUGCUGUCUGAGAGCAGGCCCAAUUCCAAGACUUAUGUGCAGGUAAUCAACGGCGCCGGCCACCACAUAUACCUCGACAAGCCGGAUCUAUUCAACAAAUUUGUGAACGAAGCGUGUACUAGAGCCGAUUCCGACCCAAGACUGCCCGCACAGACUUCCGAAACGAAUGCCACAACAAACCAAACACCUACAGAAGAAAAUAACGAAUUAAAUCAACCAAGGAAUGAAAAUACCACUCAAGCCCAAACUUCUUGAUAGCAAAAAGGAUUCUAGUUAAGCGAAUAUCACAAUAAAUUGUUAUUUGUACUCAAUUGCCUUAUUGAUUAAUGACGCAUUUGGAUGGUCGCCAUCUUUGUUUCAAAAUGGAGGCGGUGUGAUACUAAUUAUUAAUUUUAUUUUAAUUUAAGACACAAAUUAUAAAUGCGCGCACAGGAACUUUCAUUGAUAUUAAUUGCGUAGGGAUUUUUUUUUUUUUUUUUUUUGUUAAAUUUAGUGUGUUUUGUAUUGCCACGUAUUGUUAGAUUAAAUAAAUUUACAUAAACUAUAGAAUAUUUGAUAUUAGUCGCACCUCUUCAUAAAUAAAAAAUAUUUGAGCUUCGAUAAAAUAAGAAUAAUUUAUAAAUUAUCUAUUACGCUUACAUGAGAUUUUGUGAAAUUUUAAACAAAAUUGACAUAAAAUGAUAAAAAAAUGAUUUACGUACAGGGGACUGUUUAUUGUUGAUUUUUAUUUUUAUCUUAUCACAAUUAAAAAAAAAAAAAAAAAAUAUUAAAGCACAUGAAAUAUAACUAUGGACAGUUUAAGAGUUACAUAGUCUUAAGAUCUCGUAAACUUAUUCCAGACCAACUAGCAAAUAUAUUUAUCAGAAUUUUAUUUUAAUCACAUAGUUAUUUAUUUAAUUAAAACUUUAAAGUCAUGCUUUAUGUAACAUGUUAAAAUACAAUGUUCAAGUUAAGUUUUAUAGUAAAUUGUUAAACGAAUUUCUAUGUUUAUUAACAGACUUGAUUUCCACUGAUUUUAUGUACAGAUAUUUUUAAUUUAAAUAAAUAUAAUUUAUUGCA